AUGGACGCCAUCACCGUCUUGGGCUUGGUCUACUGGCUGAUCUGCAUGAUUUUGUUCGGCCCGUUGAUGUUCUUUGUCUGCGUUUAUCUGCCCGAGGUUCCGGUGCGGUACGUGAAGAGUCUGAGGCAGCAGACCCGAGUGCCCUUCACCCUCCUCGACCGCUAACCAGCCGAGUCCGUGGUACAUAGAUUAAGCCAGCCAUAGUUGAAAUGAUGAUAUUGAUGUACAACCGAUCGAAUUGUAAUAAAAGUCAACUCCAGAUUGCAUUAAAAUUAAA